UAUUAUAUUCAGUUCCGUUGGAAAUAUUGUCGAUACGCGCAUGAUUCACUCCAACAAAUGUGUAUACACAAUCAAGUACCAAAGUUUUUUUUUUUUUUUUCUUUUUUGGGAGUUGGGUGGUAUAUCGUCUCUCUCCCGCUGGCAUAUCCGACGAAAUGUGUCGUCUGCCCUCGCGGGCGGCAGUCGCUCGAAAGCGGCCGAUCGUCCCUCGUGGUUCUACGCCGGAGGUAUAGUUUUCAUAAACAGGUGUUAAAAUUCCCUCACGUUUACCGGCAAAAGAAAAAAAACACAUUACCUCGUCACUAUAUAUAAAAUAGAAAUAUAUUUAUUAACAGAAAAAAAAAAAUAGUGUUGUGACAUAGAAAAAAAGAGAGAUAAAAUAAGGAGAGUGUGUGUGUGAGAGAGACAGAAAGAAAAUAUGGCCGCUGCCGGUGCAUCCUGUCGUGCAAUUUUAAUCCUCAGAUUCGAAAUGACGCGAGUGUUUAGUGCCAAUCCAAAUUUAAUUGUCAUCAGAAAAUAUGGAAACGAAACAUGGUGUCGAAGAUGGCGAAAUAUUUCAAGACGAAGUCAUUCAUCAACAACAACAUUUACUCCAAUUCUCAGUCCUGUGAUGGGAAAAGAAAUGUUAUGGGAAUCAGUUAUUAUGAGAGGCAUGACGACGAUGGAUCACAAAGAUUCCAAAGAUUUUGGAAAAGAAUCAAAAGACGAAUUUAAAUCAACGAAGGAAUCCAAAACGAAGAGUAAAGAAAAUACAAAUAAUACUGAGACUUCCGAGGGACGAAAAAAGAAAAAAGAAACCAAGGAACCAAAGCGUUCAAAGAAAAAAGCAAAAAUUGAGCCCGAGGUUCUAGUCGAAUAUCAUAGAGGUCUUCCAAGAAUUAAAGUACCAUUACCGUCAAGAAGAGAAAGUUGUCUAUUCACCCUUAAACCAAUUACACAUACUGUUGGCGAUUUUCUCGAAAUGUUAAAAUGCGAGGAUCGAGGAAUUGAUAGAGCAACAAUUACCACCCUUGACGGUACAAGAAUAGGUUUGAGUAAUACAAUCGAGACUCUAUUAGAGGAGGAUUUUACAUUAAUUAUUAAUGACAAUGUUUACACAGUCACACCACCAAUUAAUCAAUUUAAACCAAUGGAGAAAAUACAACAAUUAUCUGAUAUUCAGACAAUGAUAACAAUGUAUGAUGCACUUAAUGUUAGAGAGCAUCAAGCGGACUUGGAAAAAAUAGUUUUAGAACAAUUGGAAAUUGUUAAUUUAGAAUUGGACCCUUUAGAACAGCAAAAAUUAGAAAUUGAAAUGGCUGCGGCGAAAAGGGCAAAUUUAUCAGCCUGGGCCGGUUUAAUAUUAAUGUCGAUGCAAUUUGGAAUUUUGGCACGACUAACAUGGUGGGAAUACUCAUGGGAUAUUAUGGAGCCUGUUACAUAUUUUGUCACGUACGGAACUGCGAUAGUUUGGUACGUUUAUUUUCUCCUAACAAGACAAGAAUACAUGUUACCGGUAGCGUUACAUCGUCAACUGCUCAUUGGAUUUCACAAGAAGGCGAAAAAAGUUGGUUUCGAUUUAGUGCGCUACAAUCAACUUAAAGACGAGGCCUACGAGCUGGAGACAACAUUAAAAAUAAUUCGCGGCCCCCUUUGGGAUAGAAAGCACUUAAUUGAAAAACACAUUGAAAGACGUUCAAGCUCAAGUUCGAGUUCUAGCUCGAGAUCACGAUCGCGAAGCAGCGAUUCACAUAGUCCAAGUCCUAGUCCAAAAAAAGAAACAAAAGAAAAAGAUUCCGUUCCCUCGAAUCAUAGAUAAGUUUACAUGUUUUAACCAAAAAAAAAAAUUAAAAAUUUUGAAAAAAAUGCUUCCUUUGUACUUAUUACGAUAAUGGAAUUUACAAUCCUUAAUAUGUUCAAAAAUUUAUAUAUUUUCUUCUAUUUAAAAUUUAUUUAUUUAUUUUAUUAAAUUAUUUGGUUUUGAUUUUUUUUUUUUUGCUUUUUUUUGCUUUUAGAUUCAAUUUUUUUAAACUUUUCAAAAAUUUAAAUUUUCAAUUAACCAAAAUUAAAAAAAGGAAACCAAAAUUAAAAAAAGGAAACCAAAAUUAAAAAAAGGAAACCAAAUAUUUUUUUUUUUUUUUAAAUGUAAAUUUCUCAAUUUUUGGUCAAAAAUCAAAGAUGGAUUGUAAAUUCUUGAAUUAAUUAAUUAAUUUUUUUUCUUUUUUUUUUUUUGAAAAAUAGUUUUGAGGGGACGGAAAAAAAUGAUCGACGCAAAUGAUUGACAAAAAAAAUGGUAAAAAGUUUUUUAAAAAAAAAUUGAUCGACAGUGAUAAUCGAUCGAUAAUAGUAAUAAUAACAAUAAUAAUAAUCGAUCGCCUUGCAGGAAAUUAAUUUUUAAAUUUCUUUUUGGCAUCGAAAAGUAAUUAAAAAAAAUUUUUUUUUGUAAAAAAUUUAGAAGAAAAAAAAAAUUUUUCAAAUUAUAAUAAUUAAUUUUCAUAACUUAUAUAAAUUAACUAUGAUGCUGUUAAUUUUUUUUACUCUUUUAUAAGAAAAAGAAUUUUUGUCUCUUUUUCUAUUUUUCUCUGUUUGUUAAUAUUAAUGUUUUUUUUUUUUUUUUUUUUGUUUUGUUUCAUAAUGACUAAGUAUAUAUAUAUAUAUAUAUGUAUAAAAAAAAGAACAAAAAAAAUCUGUAUAGGUACGCGGAACAAAAAUAUAAGAGAUAAAAAAAAAGAAAUUUUUCUUUAUAGAAAAUAUAUUUAAUAAAAUUUAGAAGCCUAAAAAAUAUUGCAAAAAAAAAAAAAAACAUUUUAAAAACAAAAUCUUUGCAAACUCUAAUAAAUAAUACACGCUUUUCACAAAUUCCAAAAAAAAAAUUUCUCUAUCCGUCCGAAAAAAGGCAAAAAAAAAAAAAAUAUAAAUGAAUACGCAUUUUCUCACCUAUAAUAAUUGUAGCGAAAAGAAUUUUUCAUGUAAAUAUUUUUCAACGAUUCUAGUGAUGGAAUAUUCAAAAACAAUCGAAAAUCGAUAUCUCGAUUUUUAAAUAAUUAUAACAUCGUUUGAACAUUGAUAUUUUCAACUGACGAUUUAUUCACUUUUUUCAAUUUACAAAACAUUUCAAUUUUUUUGAAAAUUUUUAAAAAUCGAUAAAUAUAUCGAUAAUUUCGAUUAAUUCGAUAUAUCGAUUAUUUCGAUAUAUCGAUUACUUCGAUCAACGAUUGGUUAUUUCGAUUAUCAAUUAUUUAGCGUAUCGACUAUUUCGAUUAUCGAUUACUUCGAGUAUCGAUUAUUUCGAUAUAUUAGUUAUUUCGAUUAAUUAUCGAUUAUUUCGAUAUAUUGGUCAUUUCAAUUAUCAAUAUAUAAAUUACUUCGACCAUUUAUUAUUUCGAUUAUCGAUAUAUAAAUUACUUCGACCAUCGACUAUUUCGAUACAUUGUUUAUUUCGAUUAUCGAUUACUUUUAGCAUCGAUUAUUUCGAUUAUCAAUAUAUCAAUUAUUUCGAUAUAUUGGUUAUUUUGAUUAUCGAUUACUUCCAUCAUCGAUUAUUUUAAUUAUCGAUAUAUAAAUUACUUCGAUAUUCGAUUAUUUCGAUAUAUUAGUUAUUUCGAUUAUUGAAUAUUUAACUUAUUGACUAUUUUGACUAUCGAUUAUUUAGCGUAUCGACUAUUUCGAUUAUCGAUUAAUUAAUUCGAUAUAUCGAUUAUUUCAAUAUAUCGAUUAUUUCGAUAUAUCAAUAUUUCGAUAUAUCAAUAUUUCGUGUAUCGAUUAUUUCAAUAUAUCGAUAUUUCUAUUACUUUGUGUAUCGAGUAUUUUGAUUAUUAUCGAUAUAUCGAUUCAGAAUUUGUAAAAUAUUGAAAAUAAUGAAAAUAUUGUAUUAAUUAUAAAAUUAUUAAGAAUAUCAAUUUUAUUAUUUAUUGUAAAAUAUCGAUAUGUACAUAUAUCGAUUUUAUUAAUAUCUAAAUUAAAUGAUUUUAACGAUAAAAUAUUCCGUCACUAGAUGAAACUAAUUAUUUAUCACUAUAAAAUCAAAUUCGUAGAAUAUUGUAAAAAAAAAAUCAUAUCGACAAUUUUGAAACUUUCUUUUUUUUAAAUAAAUAUAAAAACUCGCCUCUCAAUCUAGUUAACUAUAUUUAAAUAUUAUAUCUCUUUAAAAAGAAUGGCUUUUAAAAAACUUUUUGAGAUUUAGACUUUUUUCACAUUACAAAAAAAAAAAUUAAUAAAUACACUCAAAUAUUAUAAUGAGCUAGAUUUAUUGAGAAAAUAAAUAUUAUAAACAAAAAUUUAGAGAAAAAAAAAUAAAACCACUUUGCACUUAUAGAAAUAAAUAUUUCAAUUCAAAAAGAAGAAAAAAAAUUGUUUCUACACUUUAAGACAAAAAAAAAAAAAAAAAAAAAAAAAAAAUUUCGCUUGGCUUUAAAAAUAAUAAUAAAAAAAAAUUCUAUAGGAAUCUCAUCAUUUAACACUCUUUCUUCUAUCUCACACUCUUUAUCUCUUUAACUUUCAAUUUCUUUGUUUCUAUUGUCUUCCUGUAUAUUAAACAAGAAAAAAAAGUUAAAUAAAUAAAUAAAUCUUUCAUCGGAAAACAACAAAAAAAAAAAAAAAAAAUCUGUUUAACAAGGAAUAUUCCAUUGACAUUACUAUGGAUUAUUUCAAAAUAUUUCAGUAAAUAUUUUCAAUUUUAUAGUGUUAAUAUUACAGAAAAAAAAUAUAUUUCCAAAUUUUUCUGCAUUAAUAUUCCCAGAAAUAUUUCAAAAAUAUGUCUUAAGAAUAAUUUCGAAUAUUCCUUGUAAUUAUUUCAAGAAUAUUUCAAACAAAUAUUCCAAAUAUUUUAGGGAAUAUUUCCAAAUAGAAAUAUUCCAAAAAUAUGUGUCUAAGAACAAUUUCGAAUAUUCCAGGAAUAUUUUAAUUAAAUAUUCCUAAAAUUAUUCGGAAAUAUUUCAUUUAAAAUAUUUCUGAAUAUUCGAGUAAUAUUUUAUAAAUAUUCCGGGAAUAUUUCCAUUAAAUAUUCCUCAAUUAUUCCGGGAAUAUUUCAUCUAAAUAUGCCAAAAAUAUUCCAAUAAUAUUUUGGAAAUAUUUCUUUAAAAUAUUCCGGGAAUAUUUCAUCCAAAUAUUCCUAAAAUAUUCCAGUAAUAUUUUGGAAAUAUUGCAAUAAUAUUUUGGAAAUAUUUAUUUAAAAUAUUCCGGGAAUAUUUCAUUUAAAUAUUCUUAAAAAUAUUCCAGUAAUAUUUUGGAAAUUUUUCAUCCAAAUAUUCCUAAAAUAUUCCAGUAAUAUUUUGGAAAUAAUUCUUUAAAAUAUUCCGGGAAUAUUUCAUCCAAAUAUUCCUUAAAUAUUCCAGUAAUAUUUUGGGAAUAUUCCAGUAAUAAUAUGGAAAUAUUCCAGUAAUAUUUUGUAAAUAUUUAAUUAAAAUAUUCCGGGAAUAUUUCAUCCAAAUAUUCAUAAAAUAUUCCAGUAAUAUUUUGGAAAUAUUCUAGUAAUAUUUUGGAAAUAUCCCAGUAAUAUUAUGGAAAUAUUCCAGUAAUAUUAUGGAAAUAUUCCAAUAAUAUUUUGGAAAUAUUUCUUUAAAAUAUUCCGGGAUUAUUUCAUCCAAAUAUUCCUAAAAUAUUGCAGUAAUAUUUUGGAAAUAUUUCUUUAAAAUAUUCCGGGAAUAUUGCAUCCAAAUAUUCCAAAAUUAUAUCUAUUCGAAUAUUCCAUAUAUUCUAAUUGAAAAAAAAUAUUUUUGAAAUAUUCCCUAAAUAUUCCUUGUACAUGAAUGGAAUAUUUCAUGUUUUAUUUGUGGUAAUAAAGUCGAAUUUUUGUUGGUGAUGAAAAAGAAGAAGAAGAAGAAAAAAAUAAAUAAUUAAAAUGUGACUAGUGCCAAUUAUUGUAUAAUUAUUAUUUUGUUAUUGGAAUGAAAAAAAAGAAAAUUACAAUUUGCCAUCCAACAUUAAAAUUCGCAAAAAAAAAUGUAUGAGACAAAGCGUGAUAACAUUAAAAAAAAAAAAAAUAAAAUAAAAAAAAAAAAAAAAA